AUGUCUCAUGUUGGCAUUCUACGAUGGCAUUCUCCUAAAACUGAGAAAGAUGCUAAAAUCUGGGAGAAGGCUUUGAAUCGGGGUGAUAAUGAACAAUGUUCUCGUAGUAAAAUUUAUGAAAAUUGUGAUUCGUGCACUUCGAAGCGAAACAAAACUGUUACCAUUAUACGUCAACAAAUAAAAAUUCAAGAAUUGAUAAAUGAAAACAAUGAUUUAAAAUCAGGUUUACAUGUAAAAAAACCUUUUUCAAUAGACGAAAUCAAGAAUGACGAUAAAGCGAUAAGCCUGUAUACCGGACUGCAAAAUUAUGGUGUGUUUGAAUGGUUAUACAACCGUAUAAAACCAAAAGCUGAGAAGCUCAGUUACUUCAAGGGAGAAACCUCUUAUUCAAAAAGUAAUUCGAACAGAAAAAAGACAGGACCAAAAAGGAAACUCAACACAAAAAGUGAACUAUUUAUGACCCUCAUAAGGCUUCGGCUGGGGUUAGUAGAACGAGACCUGAGUUAUCGUUUUGAUGUUUCUCAAAGCACUGUGUCUCAAGUGCUUAGUACGUGGAUUCCAUUUUUAUCCAGAGAACUUCAAUGUUUGAUAUAUUGGCCUUCCAGAGAAGAAAAUAAUGGAUGCUACCCCAAGUGCUUCAAGGAUUUUCCAAACACCAUCGGCAUUAUAGAUUGUACGGAAGGUGGACUAGAAAAACCUAGUUUAGCCAAAGCGCAAGCUCAAACGUAUUCUUCAUACAAAUCUAAAAAUACUUGGAAAAAACUGUUGUCGAUCACACCUUGUGGAACAAUUUCGUUCAUUUCAAAAUGCUAUGGUGGGUGUGCUUCAGAUCGGUAUAUAACAGAAACUUGUGGCAUUCUUGAGAAAAUUAACCCCGGUGACAACUUGAUGGCAGAUAAAGGUUUUAAUAUAAGUGAUCUGUUGGUUGGAAGAGGAUCAAAAUUGAUUAUUCCUCGGUUCUUGAAGGAUAAAAUUCGUUUUACCAGAAAAAACUGCAAUCGAACCUCUAAUAUAGCUAAGGCUAGAAUACACGUGGAAAGGGCAAUAGCUCGAAUCAAAGACUUUCGUAUACUCCAAGGUGCAAUACCAGUUACAAUGAAAGAUUUAUUGGAUGAUAUUUUUGUCAUUUGUGCUGCCAUCACUAACUUAGCUCCACCUCUUGUGCCAUUCUUGCGCUUGUCUUGUUUAUAUUUUAUAAAGUCCCCCAAUCAGGACAAGGCUUUUAUAUUUGAACCAAUCAUGACAGCGCGCAGUUCGAUAACGAGAAAUAAGUUGCGUAAUAUGAUCUCAGCGAGAAUCAACGACUGGAAGGUUAAGAAUAUAGAAAGGCUAACGCAAGGCGUUCACGGUAAAGUUCGGUCCAUAUGA